AUGGAGGUGCGGGGGGGGGACGACGACAACGACGACAGAAUGGCAACUGAUAUACCAGAGGGUCAUCCAUUGUACAGCACCGGGUCAACUACCAACAACAGACCAGUCACAAGCAACACCGGGUCAACUACCAACAACAGACCAGUCACAAGCAACACCGGGUCAACUACCAACAACAGACCAGUCACAAGCAACACCGGGUCAACUACCAACAACAGACCAGUCACAAGCAACACCGGGUCAACUACCAACAAUAGACCAGUCACAAGCAACACCGGGUCAACUACCAACAACAAACCAGUCACAAGCAACACCGGGUCAACUACCAACAACAGACCAGUCACAAGCAACACCGGGUCAACUACCAACAACAAACCAGUCACAAGCAACACCGGGUCAACUACCAACAAUAGACCAGUCACAAGCAACACCGGGUCAACUACCAACAACAAACCAGUCACAAGCAACACCGGGUCAACUACCAACAAUAGACCAGUCACAAGCAACACCGGGUCAACUACCAACAACAGACCAGUCACAAGCAACACCGGGUCAACUACCAACAACAAACCAGUCACAAGCAACACCGGGUCAACUACCAACAAUAGACCAGUCACAAGCAACACCGGGUCAACUACCAACAAUAGACCAGUCACAAGCAACACCGGGUCAACUACCAACAACAGACCAGUCACAAGCAACAUUUUAUAG